AUGGUUUUCGCAUUCGACAAAGACGAUGCGCAUCUUCCGGGCAAGAUGCCCAAAGAUGCCGGGCCUGCCGCCUCCAACGACGCCAUGUUCGCGUCUGAAAGGAUGGACAUGAGUCCCCCGAAACCUGUGCUUCACGUAGGCACCCCGCCGAUCACCAUUGUUAGCCCUAUGCCCAAGCGCGCGGCGCAGCCCGACUCCGAAGGCAAACUGAAGGGACCGGACAAGCUGGACUUUGAUGCUGUCUUCAAGAAGGCUCAGAAGAACAAGAAAAAGAAGAAGAAGGGUCUCAAGGACGGUCUGCAGGCUACAAACGUCACUCGUGGCUUCCACACACCAGUGACUUCGGGUGGGGAGGAGUCGGACUAUUCUUUCACGGCUACACCACGCUUCGGACCAGUUCGCUCUGGACUUCCUAGCGUUACUAGUAGUCCUGCGCUGCGACCGCAGUCCGCAGUUGGAGGAAUCAGCAGCCUCAAAGCCCAGCUUGAUGCGCUGAACCUUGCCCCGAGGAGCGACUCGCCCAUGAAGGAUUUCCCAGGAAGGGGUGCCCCCAUGAGCAGGGUCGCAUCUCAUAUGUCGAGCAACACCAGCAUUUCUGGACAAAGUGACCGUACGGAACUGGAGAGCUACGAGAUUGACCUCAAUGCCGAAGAUUUCAGCAUCGACAUGCUUUCCAAGACGUCGACUAUACUGAACAACACUAUGGCACGUAAAAUGACUGCUGAAGACUUUGAGCCGUUGAUGUGUCUGGGCAAGGGAAGCUAUGGUACUGUGCUGCUAGUGAGGCAGCGAGCGACCGGACGUCUGUUUGCGCAAAAGCAGUUCAAGAAGGCUUCAAUCACUGUGCAUAAGAAGCUCAUCGAGCAAACCAAGACGGAACGUAACGUCCUGGAAAGUGUAAACCGACACCCUUUCAUCGUAAACUUCUACUAUGCCUUCCAGGACCAGGAGAAGCUCUACCUUAUUCUUGAGUACGCACAGGGCGGUGAGCUCUUCCAUCACCUAGCUGCCGAGCGCAUGUUUUCCGAAGACGUAGCAGCCUUUUACAUGGCUGAAAUGGUCCUCGCACUUGACCACCUGCACCGCACCGUCGGCGUCAUUUACCGUGACCUGAAGCCAGAAAACUGCCUCCUAGACUCUGAAGGCCACCUCCUCCUCACUGACUUCGGCCUCAGCAAAGUCACCCUCGACGAAGACAACCCCUGCCGCUCCUUCCUCGGUACCGUCGAAUACAUGGCGCCCGAGGUAGUCCAAGGCCUCGAGUACGGUGCAGCGGUAGACUGGUGGUCCCUCGGCGCCCUCGGCUUCGACCUGCUCACCGGCUCACCCCCCUUCACGGGCAACAACAACGCCAAGAUCCAAGAAAAGAUUGUAAAGCAAAAGCUAGCCCUUCCUUACUACCUGAGUGCCGACGCUAAAGACUUGCUCACCCGCCUCCUCCGCAAAGACCCCAAGAAACGCCUCGGCUUCAACAGAGCAAAGGACCUCCAGACUAUCAAGAAACACCGCUUUUUCCGUAAGAUUGACUGGAAGAAACUUGAGACUAGAGAGCUGGAACCUCCGAUUCAACCACUCAUUACUGACCCGGAAUUGGCCGAGAACUUUGCUCAGGACUUUACUGAGUUGCCGCUUAGUCCUGUGCUGAGUAAGAAGUUUGAUGAUGUGUUUGCGGAGAAUCAGACCAAUCCUUUUGGGGGGUUCAGCUUUGUGGCUAGUCAGAGUUUGUUGGAUUCGGGGGAGUGGGGGUAUUAGACGAACUACAUGGGUGAGGGGGUGUUGCAGUUGUCUGUUCUGCAUUUUGCAUUUCCCAUGGGCUUCAGGAUGAGAAUAUGGAUUUCCUUUACCUUAUCGUUAGGAAGAGAUGUAAUAGACGGUUGUUGGAUCUGUUCAUCAUUGCACAAACUACAUCACAUACAAAAGCAAACAUGGAUCAUGCACAUUUCGGAUUUCAAAGUCUACUACUUAUUGCGUUGUUCCCAAUAGACUUUCUGUCCCUAUCCUCCCGAACUC